AUGUUGCAUUUCGUUCUUUUAUUAUUUGUGUGGGUGACUGUACGGACCGAAACAUCUGAUUCACGUUACGUUCUCACGAACCCAAGCAAUUUGAUUGCUAAGGAUACGGACGGAGCAUAUGAUGGAAAAACACGAUCCAAUCAAAUCACGCCUGAUCAGGGAAUCGUAUUCAAAACUGUUUACAAUGCUGUCCUUAAUAGGCGGGCAGGACAGCAGCAAACCAGAAACAAAAGAGAACUUAUUAAAGAAUUAAGAUUAGAACAUUUUAAGAUUUCGAAUGACGCAAAUGAUACAGAACUUGAAGCAACUCAAUCAAAAUAUCUUCUACCUGCUUUUAACAUCAUACACGCUUCAGAAAAAAUGGAAUUAGAGGAAUACAAAAAUAUUAGUAAUUCAAAAAAUUUGGUUUCCGCUUUAGAUGAGGACAUGAGGAAUAAAGAAUCUAUUUCUACAGAAGUUGAUAAGCAGAGAGCGAUAAGAAGUGGUCAAAAUAAUUCUUCAAUAGCAAAAACAAAAAAGACGCAUGAUUUCCAAGAACAAAAUACAAACGAUGCUACUUUACAAGAUGAAAGUGAGUUUAAGAAUCGUGAAGAAGCAACUCAAAUGAUCCCUUCAAAGCACACGCUGAGAACGGUUCACAGUCGCAGAAAUUAUGAAGGCGCAGGAAGAAGAAAUCAUGGUUUUCAGCUGACAGAUAAGAAGAUGAAACGAACUUCAGCUUUGCAGCAAGGGAACCAUACUGGUAGAUCAGAAACUAAGGAGGUCAUUAACAAACGCUCAAUGGAAACCGAUCCUAUUUCAUUCAAAUCCGUUCCAAUAACAACUCCAUAUUCUCAUAUGAACGAUCCUCCAUUUCAUGGUCCUAAUGUUCCCUCAGAAAGGGAUUUGGUAAAUGAAAAAGAAAACGAGAAGAAGGAAAUAUACACAACCCAUAAAACGUUUUUGCUUCAAUCAUUGCAUCUUGAUAAUAACUGGAAAGAACAAGCUAGAGAAAUAUUUGGCUUAGCUUGGGACUGUCAUUGUUACAUAACAGGAUCAUUGUUCCUAAUCAACGCAUUUUAUUCUUUUAUUAGUCUCCUACGAGUCAAUACUUUUAAUCCUCUGUUAAGAACUAACUAUUAUCUUCCAAUCAAUGGAAUUCUUUGCUUAACUUGCGUACUAAGGUCAUUAUACUUGCUUUAUGAUCCUUACAACUUCAAGUCAAGCUAUCCCGUUUUGGUAUCAAGAAUACUUCUGCAUGGACCUAUGCUUUGUCUAACCGCAAGUUUUAAUGUUUUAAUGUUCUUUUUCCUUGAUUCAACGAAAACUCGAUUGUUCCUUCCUACAUUUCAAAAACCAUUCGCUUUAACUAUCGUAAUAAUCAUGCUUUUUGUAAGUUACGUAACAAUAGAAACAAUUGCUGGUACUUCUCAACAAACAAAAGCCUUAUUAUUGUUCUGCAAAAUAUUAAUCAUUGCUUGGUCAAGUUUAUCUUCCGUGUGCUACUUUGCUAUGUUCAAAAAAUUACGUUAUAGAGGGUUGAGGAAACAAAGAGAAAUGACUCGAGUGACAUUUACAAAAUUACACAUCGAUGGGGCUUUAUUACCUAAAAAGCUACCAAAACCGACACUGAGUAUUGCAAUCAAUUUAUUGCUCCUGACAGCUAUUUUUCAGUUGUUACUUUCUUGUUUAAUCCCGUAUAGUAUUAUGUUUGUGAAUGGAAUGCAUCCAAAAUCCAAUUUAACAGACGUUUGGUUGUGGUGGGGAUACCAGUUGUCUUGUCGAGUGUUAGAGUUAGCGAUGUGUGUAACUAUGUCAUUCAUUGCCACGCAGCCGCAAGAGCAUUACGAAAUAUCAAACAAUACAUUUUAUAGCAUCUUAAGAUGGCUUCCAUGCAGCUCCUUUCAUAAAGAAGAAGUUGUAGAUUUCGAAGCUCAUACGAACAAUUACGCUAAUCUUCAAGGCUUCAACAACUUAAAAUUUAGUAUGAAGAACAACUCCUUCAGAUUACAGACAAACUCCUUGCCAACAUUCAGAACUUGUUCAGCUAAAGUUGCUGAUCUACCCUUGAAAGCACUGUCAAGCAGCGGAAGGCAUACUAACUAUGCUAGUGCAUUUUCUCUACUAUCCUACUACAGAUCUAAAGGAAUGCUGUCCAGAAACGAUGGCUUUGAAGAUACUGAUGAAACUCCGUGCAACAGACUCACUUUGUCAUCUGACAGACGAAAUAAUAGUCUUCGGCCGACAUCGAUGUUGUACAAAGAUGGCGGCUUUAUAAGAUUCCGUGAAGCGAACGAUCCAGAGCAGCCUAUGGAAAUGAGCGACGAUGAUGAUAAAACAAAUGAAAUUGAUACUAGUUUAGACGACGCGGAUUCAACAAAAGCUAAUGCAGGUUCGAGUUUUCAUUCACUCUUGAAAGGUGACAUAGUUCAAAAUACACCUUCCCCGUUUUUCCAGAGAGGGUACAAAGGGAGAUUUCGAAAACUGAGCCGAGUGUCGAUUGAAACAACCGAUUAUAGUGCCGACAUCUCUUCAGAUCAAAUGAGUAAUGUAAUUAAUUUGAAAAGCGGGUUAUCAACCAGUGCUGCAGACAUACCCACUAAGAAAUAUGGUAGUACUUGUAGCUCGGAAAGUGCAGCAAACAGUUUCGAUGUGACAUUUUUCUUGAACAGAUCGUUAAAUAUGUGUUCUGCUUAUCGAAGCGAAACGGAAGACGACAAAACUUCAAGUGUAGAAGGACAUGAAAUUAUGCUGAAAAGUGUUUCGCCUGUUGUAAAGCGAUCCUCAUCGGCGAGGUUCUCUUUAAAUCUCAAUCUUCAGGUGGCAUUAAAUAUUAGUGACAUGAAUGAUCAGAUAGUUGGUGCAUGUGUUACUGAGGAUAUAACACCAGACUCUGCGGUUUAUGUAGAUCUUAACAUUUCGAAUAAUAACACUACCAAUCCAAACAAUACUUCAUAUGCUGUUUCCUCAUCCGACAUCUUCCCAGACUCGAAAAUUGCUUCGAAAUUAUCAGAAAGAACUAGUGAGAAAUUGCCUUCAACUUUUACGUUUAACAGUCACUCCCUUGAUGAGCUGCGCACAAUUAAUUCAUAUAUGACUCAAGAUAAGAAAAAUUCAUCUGGUAUACUUGACAAAUUACGCAACUCAACAUUUUCCUUGAGUAAUUCAAUGUAUGGCUACGAACCUCUCGAAUACGCAGCCUGUUCCAACAGCACUUCCUUCAGCCUAGUUAACCGAAAAAAGUUGUCGAUAUCUUCAGACGAUCAAAAACUACUGCCCGAAGAGUUUCAGGAGACAAGUGCUUGGACACCGAGUGUUUCACCAUCAUUUAGAGACAGCGGGAUUAUAGAGCAACUGUAGUCAAUGCUGCCUCAAAAAAGCGAUUGCAAUCUUAGCUUUUUCCCAUUCUUUUAGAACUCACAUAGUUCAUAGAGUAAUAUUGAUUCCGCGUUAAUUGUAAACAGCAAAUUGCAAAAAAAAAAAAAAAAAACAGAAA